CGUCAUACCGCAGAAGAGGCACACACGUUGUGUACGUCUAACCGUGGUACCGGUCGUUUGUUUUGUGUUUUUAUUAUUAUUGUUAUUAUUAUUAUUAUUAUUAUAUUAGCUUAUGUUCAUAAUUAGCUGUUUCCUUACAUAAUGUGUUGGACCAUAAUAGUAGUACAGACUCCAUGAACAGAUAGUCGUCGUAAUGGCUACUCAGGCUGCACGGCUUCUCCGGAAACUAGACGGUCUGUUUGCCGUGUACAAACCUCCGGGAGUUCACUGGAAACUGGUUCGGGACACAGUCGAGAGUAAUCUGCUGAGAGCUGUUAAUUCUUCUCCUCCGGCUGCACCGCGGUUUCAGGUGCAUUUUCAGCUCUUAUCCAGUGGAGAGAGCAGCAGCUCCAGGGAGCUUACAGUGACUGCAACCAGGCUCCCUGCCCUGGCAGACCACCCCCUGGUCACAGGACCACAGUUUCAUAAGAUCCGUGUUGGAGUCGGGCAUCGUUUGGAUGCAUUUUCCUCUGGAGUAUUAGUUCUAGGUUUGGGGAAUGGAAACACUGCCCUGGAGAGUCUGUACAGAUCACACGUCACAAGGGCCUACACGCUAGAAGGUGAAUUUGGAAUGGCCACAGACGAUUUCACUCACUCUGGACGAGUCAUAGAGAGAACUACUUACGGUCAUGUUACACAGGACAAGUUAGAGAGAGUGUUAGCCAUGGUCCAGGGAGCCAAUCAGAAAGCUUUAAUCACGUACUCAAGGGUGAACCUGCACUCUCAGGAGGCUUAUGAUUUGGCAGUUAAGGGAAUGUUGCGUCCACAAGAUAAAAGUCCUCCCAUUCUAACCGGCUUACGGUGUCUCUGUUUUGACCCACCUCACUUUACACUGGAGGUGCAGUGUGUGAAUGAAACUCAGUGGUAUCUACGGAAACUGCUGCAUGAGGUGGGUCUGGAACUGCGCACCACUGCAGUCUGCACUAAGGUGCGUCGCACCCGAGACGGACCUUUCAAAAUGGAGGAUGCCUUGACCCACAACCACUGGACUGCUGAUGACAUUAUACCAGCGGUCACUCACUUACGCCACGCUACCCGGAAAAUCCGUAAAAAUUACUCUUACAAACAAGCUGUCAGCCAGCUGGACUCCAGCGCAAAGGCCCAAAGCAGAACUAGCACUGCUCAUUUAGAGAAUGUAUCAGAAGAGAAAGAUGGAUCACACAGCCUUUAUUCAGAAAUGUCUGCUGAUAGUAAGCAGUGGAGGUAAAGAACCUUUAAAUGCAAGUAGAAGUUUUCAGUUUAAUUAAUGUCUACGAUGUUGAAGACUGGCGGAUUUCAUUGUUAAAUUCAUCCAACAUAUGUGACAAUGCAUACAAGCAAUAAAUAUUUUGUAUAAUGAGGUGAUUGUUACACUUCAGUCUCUUCCCACCCCUCAUUCAGUAUCAAACAUAACACCAUGUAAUUGAAAUUGUUUCUCAGUCAUGUGCCAUUUUCUAAUAAAGCAUUAUUUAUUUAAAAAAAUA